CCCACUGCAACUCGAAUGUUCCUCGUCUGAUAUCUGAGCAGUCUUGGACCGCUUCUAUCUAUAGCAUCGCGACGUCGGCGUCGUCUCAUCUCUCCCGGUCAGUCGAACCGCGUCCUCUAAGUCCGCCAAGUGGUGCACCACCGUUUCUGCACGCGAUUUCACCCUCGAUCCACAGGAUCUAUCGCAACGCUUUGGUGACGACAAAAGUAUCUCCGAACAUUUGAAACUACCGAUACAACGUAUCAACGACUAUCAACUUUUACUAAAGGAGUUGGUAAGGUAUAGCGCUUGCCUUGGUGAGAACUAUCUCGAUCUUCAAAAGGCCCUAGAUUUGAUGCUAAGUGUCCCCCAUCGGGCACAAGACGACAAAUUUAUUUCUAGCAUCGAAGGCUACAAGGGUAGCAUCCACAAACUAGGGCGAUUACUAGCGCACGACAGAUUUAGUGUCACCUUCGAAGACAUAUCCAAAGAAAGAUAUCUGUUUCUUUUCAAGGCACGCAUCCUUGUUAGCAAAGUCAGAAGAAUAUCUGAAGACAGAUCUAUCUUUCAAGUCAAGGAUACUAUCCGGCUUUCGCAAGUAACAGUCAAAGAUCAUCCAGAAGACAAAUUUACCUUUGAGCUUAUUGACAAAGUUGGUGGACAAGUACUAGUUUUAAAGCUACACAGAGAAGUGAAAGAAUUUUGGUUAAAAGAAAUCAGAGAGUUUGCGAAGAAUCACGGUGAAAGUGAAGAAUCCGGUAGCGACGAACUCAAAUCACCACCUGCAGAAAAAACUGAAGAAGUAAAAAAGAAAACGAAAGAAAAAGACAUACAAAAACAAAAAGAACCUACUUUAAAACAACAGCAUCCAAAAGAAUCAGAAUUUCCAAAACCAAAGAAACAAAAAGUAGAAGAAAAACAAGUCACUGCUCAGACUGAAAUCAGAAAGACUUCGCUCACAAGAAAAGAUUCCAAAGAAGUUAGCGAUACAUUACAAACCCAAACAUCACAAGUUUCAUCAACCGUAACAAAAAGCGUCAACGAAAAAUUAGUAACAGAAAACAACACCGAAAACAAAGCUGUUACUGAUUUAAAAGUUGCCGUAAAAGAAGAUUUACAAAUAGAAAAAUUAGUGUCUACAAAAGAAAAAAUCAAGAGUUCUGUAGAAGCUACAAAAACUAGUGAAAUCAAGCAAACUCAAAUUGAAGAUCAGUUGAAGAAACCUGAAAAAGUAUCUAAACUAGAAAAACCCAAAGUAAAAUUACCAGGCAAAAACAAAACUCAGGAUAAUCUUAUUGCCGAGCUUAAACAAAAGCAAACCAAAGACUCGACAUUAACAUUAGAACAAACUGUACUUCCAACUGUAUCGGUAACAACCGAAACCACUUCUACCACUACAGACAUCUUAAAAUCUGACAGUGAAACUCUUAAACAAAUUGCAACACCCGAAUCCGAAACAGUUGAAGAUCACCAUCUUCGCAAACUCCAAGCGGUCGAACCGCUAAUCGAACUCCACAAACCCAGAGUUCUCGAAGAGGUUAUCCCGUACGUGAUCAAACCUCCACCCGAAUUAGUACCUGGUAGUGCUGUUGACAAGUUGUUUAGUGUCGAAAAGUCGGGCGUAAGUGAUAUUGUGUUAACCGAUUUUAAAGUAGGAAUUGAAGUCAAUGUCGAAGUAGGAGACGAAAUGAGUAGAAGGUAUACCUCGUCGGCUCGAUCAGAAGGUGGAUAUGAGUCCUCAUACACCAGACGGUCAGAGCUUGGUUUCCAUUCAACCGAUGGACUUUCAUCAUCUCGAUACAGUUCAGGUCUUAGUUCUAGUAAAUAUGGUACGGAUAGUAAAUAUGGUACGGAUAGUAAAUAUGGUACGGAUAGUAAAUAUGGUACGGAUUCAGCUUUAACUGGAGGAUCCAGGUAUGACAGUGCCUCAUCUAAAUACGGAAAAUAUAGUACAGAUCUGGGAGACUCUUCUGCGCUCACCUCUAGUUACAGUUCUAGAAAAACUUUGACUGGUGAUGCAGAUAACGACUACAGUUACAGUAGAAAAUCCAAAAUUUCUUUAGACGACGAUGACGGUGGCAGUUACAGCUAUUCAAGAAGAUUAACUAAAGGUGACGGAGACGUUGGUGACUCGUACGGUUCCUAUUCCAGAAAAUCUACCAGAUCAGUAGCAAGAACAACAGAAGGAUUAGGUGAUGAAGAUGGCUACAGUUUCUCGAGACGUAGCGUUAAAAGUAGAACAGAAGGAAUUGGUGACGGUGAUAGUUAUUCGGUUCGAAAAUCUAUAAGGACGUCUACCGAAGGAACUGGUAUAGAACCUUCGGAAACAAAUGAUACUUACAGCUACACUUCCAAAAGAGGCCUUGGAGCUGAUUUAGGCUCCAAAUAUUCCAUAAGAUCUGUAUCUAUAGAAGAAGAAAAAAGUGACGCAGACGAUCUGCUGUCUAAAUAUUCAAAAAAAUAUUCUGUAGGUAGUAAAGUACCUGGCGAUGAAGAAGAAGACAAAUACGCCAAAUAUACAAGAAAGUAUUCUAGAACUGAUUCCUCAUCGGAUAAAAAGUCCUAUGACGAAGAAGACAGCAAGUACAGCAGAAAAUAUUCGCGAAAUACUUCUAGAGAUACAAAGAAAGACGAUGAUGAAGAGGAUGCGUACGAAAAAUAUGCCAGAAAAUAUCUGAGAAAAGAUUCUGCAGUCGAAGAACAAACUAGUUCAAAAGCUAUAGAAUCAAAUAAAAGAAAAUCAAAAAAAUACGCUGAAAUAGAUGAUGAAGAGGUAUCAUCAGUAAAAAUUUCUAGCCAAUCAGCAAUCAAAGAAUCAGGUGCCAUUUCAGAAUCAUAUUCCUCAAAAGAAGCAAAAUCCGAAUCGUACGCUAAGGAAUCCACCGAAAGUUCAAAAAUCGAAUCAAAAUCAGAAGUAAUAUCCGAAAGUGUUUCUCAAACAGCUUCCGAAGCUACCGUUCAAAAAGCGUCAGUGGAAGCCUCCCAACAAUCUUCAGAUACAGUUUCGCAAAAGUCGUCGGAAUCUGUAAGCCAGAGAGUAGUAGAAUCAUCAGAAAGAACGGGAACUAAAGAAACAGUUGCAAUGUCAGAAUCGAGUUUACAGAAAGAAGAAAUUCAUGACCAUCUCUCAGCGGAGUCGAGAAGUGUUAGAGAGAAAUCAGCAGAAGAAAAGUUGGAUGAACUGGACGGCAGACCUAAAUUUAUUAAAACAAUUCAUGGCGCCAGCAUUGAACCUGGAAAAACUACUCACUUUGAAGCAACCCUUAGUUCUAAACCGAAAUCUUUCGUAUGGCUGAAAGACAACAAGCAGCUGAAUGGAGCCAACAAUUUCUCUGGGAGGUUGCAGUUUGGAUUUAACGAAGCAUCAAAUACAUUUCAAUUAACUAUUAAUGAUGCCAAAAAAGAGGAUAGUGGAAUGUAUUGUGCGGUAGCCAAAAAUGAAAAGGGGGAAUCCACUUGUUCGGCUCAGCUAGUUGUGCAUGAGUUUACUACAGAAGAGGCAGUUUCUAAAGCUAGUACAGAUAAGCCAGAAUUCCUAAUAUCCAUGAAAGAUGCUGAGCUGUUAGAAGACACAUACCUUCGAUUUAUGGUCAAAGUUGCUGGUGAACCACAUCCUGACGUUGCCUUCUUUAGAGAAGGAAAGAAGAUACCAGAGAAUUCGGAGAAAUACCAGAUCGUCAAAGAACAUGCUGAUAAAGGUUUCUAUGAGCUUGUGAUACCAGUGGUCAAAAAAUCAGAUGCAGGUUGUUACAAAUGUGUCGCUACAAAUAAACAUGGAGAAACGCAUUCAGAGUCAAACCUUACAGUAACUGACAACAAAAAAAUCUUCGAAGAAAUGCCAGAGGGAGAAAUUCUACCUCCAGGCGAAAAACCUGUCUUCCAUUGGAAAAAAGAUGGAGUACCGUUCGAACCUGAAGAACGUUUCAAAGUACUCAUGGGCGACGACGAAGAUUCCCUCGCACUUGUUUUCCAAAAAGUUAGGCCCGAUGAUGUUGGUCUGUACACGUGCGUUGCUCAAACUUCUAGAGGCCAUAUUAGUUGCAGUGCUGAGCUUACUGUUCAUGGAACUGUCAAUCAACUAUUCAGAGAACCAGAAAAACCAAAAUUGGUGGUCAUUAAAAAGGAUCCAAUUGUAAACGUUGGUGGAUCUGGUAUGUUGGAAUUGCAAGUCACAGGAUAUCCUAAGCCGAAUAUUAAAUUUAUGCACGAAGGAAAGACUAUCGAAGCAAGCAAAAAACAUAAAAUCUUAUACGAAGACGAAGAAACCGUCUCUCUUGUAAUUAAAGAUGUAGAAUCAACUGAUGCUGGAAAAUAUACAUUUACCGCUGAAAAUGAGUUAGGUAUUGAUACUGCGGAAAUGAGUCUAACAGUCAAAGCUCCGCCGAAAAUUAAAACUAAAAUGGAAGAUAUGUCAGCACAUGCUGAUCUUUUAUUAAAAAUGGAAGUAGAAGUUGAAGGUAUUCCCAAACCGUCUGUACAAUUCUACAAAGACGGUAAAGUCAUUAAACAAACCGAAAACAUUAAAGUCGUUGAAUCUGGACAAAAGCACAUUCUUCAAAUUGAGAAAACAACUCUAAAAGAUUCAGGUUCUUAUUCUGUUGUGGCAAGCAACGAAAUGGCUCAAGUGUCUCAAUUCUGGAAUUUGGACGUGUAUUCCAAACCAAAAUUGACUCAAAAGCUAGGAGCGGAAAGGAUAGUCUCGCAAGGUGAAAACCUCGAAUUGAAAGUGAAAGUCGAAUCAGAACCCAAAUCAGAAUUGAAGUGGUUUAAAGAUGAGGAAGAAAUCAAAUCCAGUGAACAUUACGUCAUUAAAGACGACGGUGAUACUUACAUGUUGAGAAUAACAGGAGCUGUUACUACUGAUGCUGCUCGCUAUAAGUGCAAGGCUAUUAAUAUUCAUGGAACAGUUGAUGAUGAAGUUACCGUCCAUGUCAAGAAACCACCUAAAAUAAUAAAGGGACUAACAGAUAUGACUGUUGUAGAGAAUGAUAAAAACGUUACGCUUGAUGUCAAACUAGAAGCUUUUCCCAAACCAACAGUUAAAUGGUAUCUUGAUGAAGUAGAAAUUAAAGAAACUAGAACUGAAUUUACAAGAGUAGAAGUAGAUGAUGGAGUCAAAUUGGUAAUCAAAGAAGUAACUAGUGAACUUUCCGGACAGUACACAUGCAAGUUAAGCAACGAAUGCGGUGGAGCUGAAACUAGUGCCAAGUUGACAGUAAAUUGUGCUCCUCGCAUUAUCAAGCAUCUUAAAGACACAACCGUUGAAGAAGGCGCCACCUUACACUUGGAAGUAGAGGUUGAGGGUUGUCCAACACCAACUGUGAAAUGGUUAAGAAAUGGCCGUGAAGUUUCUGCUGAUGCUAGAAUAAAAAUAAGCAGAGAUACUCAUAGACAUGAAACAUUUAAUCUUGCCGUUAAUCUUAUAAAGUACGAAGAACAAGGAGAGUAUGAAGUCAUCGUCACCAAUGCACUUGGAACUGUCAGCAGCAAAAGCAUUGUUACCGUACAUAAAGUAACACAUACAGACGCAAUUGAAGAAACCGAAGAAAUUCCGCAAGUUGACAUUGUCCAAGGAAAACCUAAAGUUGCCAAAGAAGCGGAUAUCGAGGAGAAGGUGGAUGUAGAAGUAGAAGAAUCGAAGAAACCCGAAGUUAAAGAUAUUCAUGACAAACCGAAAGGUCCUAAACCCGAAAAAUCUAAACUAGAGAUCAUAGAAAACGAAAUAAAAUCCCCGGAACCCCUAAUCGAAGAACCGGAUUCACCAGCUUCAAGCAAAAUGCCUAAUUUCGCUGAUAUUGAAGAAGCAGAAGUUAUUGAAGUUGAAGAAAAUUUAAAUAAAUCGAAGCAACCCGUUGAAGAAGUGGUACCAAAACCGAAAUCAAAGCGAGGUCUAUCUAUUCAAAUUGAAGAAAUUGAUAUAACUGAAGCUGAAGUAGCUACACCAGUGGAGGAAAAACAACUAGGUAAAAAAUCAAAAACUGCAAAAGCAGCAUCUGUAGAAUCUGCUGAAGUCGGUGACGUUACCUCCGACUUAAAAGCUAAAAAAAUUGAACCUGCAGAUGAUAAUAAUAAUAACAAAAAAUUGCAACGAGGAAUAUCAGCAACGAAAGAGGAUGCAGAUUUAAAUAAAGAUAAACUAAAUAAAGAACCGCAAUCGUUAAAUGAGACAGAUGUGGAUGGAAACAAUAAAGGUCCAAAGAGAGGUCAAAAAGCUACUGUUGAAGAGCCGCUAGCAGUAGAUAAAGAUGAAGACUUUUUCGGAAAAGGCGAACAAACAAAGUUGGAUAGGCAGGAAAGUCAAAAAGGAAAACGAGAUGACGAUGAUGAAAUAGAUGAAAAAACUGAAGAAUUGCUUAAAAGAGCUCAAAAACAAAGAAGUAUGGUUGAUGAUGUUUCCGAUAAACCUGUUUUAACCGAAGAUACUCAAAAACCAAGUAAAAUUGGAGAAGCCGAGCCAAUUGUUUUGGGUACUAACAUGAAGGAUGGUUCUCGUCCCGAAUCCCUUGAUGUCACCUACAUCGUGAAAGGAUUUGCAAACCCUCCGCCAGUAGCUACUUGGACUUUAGACGGCAAAGAACUCAAACCUGAGGGCAAUUUGAGAAUGAAGAUAAGCCAGAACGGCGAAGAGUUUAAGUUGGAAAUACAAAAACUCGAUUUAAAAGAUGCUGGUGUAUAUGAAUGUAUUUUAAGUAAUCCGGUUGGGAAGACCGUCCAACGGGCUGUACUCGAAGUAACACCUGAAAAAGAUUUGAGGCGUCCUAAGAUAAAAGAAGGUUUAAAAGAUCAAUCUGUAGUAAAGAAGACCCAUGUACUGUUUAAAGCUGUCAUUAUUGGUGAUCCAGUUCCAGAUAUUACAUGGUGUAGAAACGGAAAAGAAAUUUCAAAUGAUGAAUUCGAGAAACAUAAAAUAAUUCUGGAAUCAGAAGACCAUGAAAUCGAUGAUGGCCUUAAAGAAUGCACUUUCACUUUAGCUAUACCCAGGUGUGAAACUUCUGCAACUGGCAAGUAUACCAUCAAAGCGAAAAAUAAAUGGGGAGAAGCCGAAAGCAGCGCUUCAUUGAACAUCUUAAUGCGACCUGAGAUAGAUGGUCCUUAUGACACUAAAGUUGUUCCAGGAGAAGCCACCGAAUUUACGGUAGUCGUACAAGCCAAUCCCGAACCCUACGUGGUUUGGACCAAAGAUAACGUUGUCGUAAAACCCAGUGAUCUUAUCAAGAUCGUCGAAGACAAAGCUAAUAAUACUUACAAACUAGUUUUCCACGAUGUUAAAUUAGGUGAUGAAGGUUACUACAAGGUCACUGCGAAGAACGAGUUGGGAGAGGCGAGUUCUGAAGCUAGGCUGAGGACUAUUAAAGAAGCAGAACCUACGACUGAAAGACCUAAAUUCAUCACUGGAUUAUUUGAUGACCAAGUUCCACAGAAGAGUGAACUCAUUUUGAUGGUCAGAGCCGAUGGUCUACCCAAACCAGAAAUUCGUUGGUUUGUUAACGGAAAGCCAGUUAUCGAAGAUGAAAACAUCAAAAUCGAAACAACUACUGAAGCUCAGGUUACCAGUAAAUUGAUUGUCAAGAACUUUGACACUGAACAUGAAGGAAUUUACAAAGCUAUGGCAAUAAACGUAGUGGGGGAAGCAGAAACUACAUCAAGAGUAUUAAUGGAACAAACGGCUCCUUCGUUUGGCAAAAAGUUAGACAGAAACUUGGAUGUUAAUGAAGGCGAACCACUAGAACUUAAAGCGAAGAUAUCUGGCAGUCCUUCUCCAAAAGUAACCUGGUACAAAGAUGGAGAACCAAUAUCACCUGAUGAUGAAAAUAUAAAGACAACCUUAUUGCCAGAUGGUACCGUAAAACUCAGUAUUGAUAAAUGUAAACCAUCCGACAGUGGAGCUUAUAAAUUAGUAGUUAAAAACAGAAAUGGAGAAAGUGCUUGCCUUUGUGCUGUAGCCGUAACACAAAAACCGAAAAGACCCACUUUCCUUAAGUGCUUUAAAGACACCAAGGUUCCUCUUGGUGAGUCUUUACGCCUGGACGCCAAAGUUGAAGCUUUUCCACCUCCAGAAAUAAAAUGGUUAAAAGAUGGUAUUCCCCUCCGGGCUUCAUCGAAUAUUCAUUUUGAAAAUCAUCCAGAUGGUCGUAUUGCUCUUGUUAUUGAUAUGAUGAAACCUGAAAAUGCCGGUAACUAUCAACUAUUGGUGACUAAUAAAUUAGGUGAAGCAAUUGGAGAAGCUAAAGUAGAAGUCGAAAAGAGACCCGUUAAACCUGAAUUCAUCAAAAAACUUAGCCCUCAAACAGUUGUCGAAGGUUUUCCAGUCAAAUUAGAAGUAAAAGCUGAUGGAUUCCCAACUCCAAAGAUUACUUGGUCUAGAAAUGGUGCUGAGGUGAUAUCAGACAACAAACAUAUAAAAAUAAUAGAUCAACCAGAAGAUUGUUCAAGUGCCCUUUAUCUAGAUAGCGCAGACAGAAUGCGCGAUGCUCUAAUUUACAAAGCUGUUGCAAGCAAUGAAGCUGGAGAAGCUGAAACAUCAGCUCUAUUAACAGUUCAAGAAGCUUCUAACUCCGAAGAACCCGAAGAAAGACCUCAAUUCCUACAUUCCAUUAAAGAUACAAUUACAGACGAAGGUCAACCUUUGGUUAUUCAAGCUGCUUUCACUGGAAAUCCUAUUCCAAGUGUUGAGUGGACUAAGGAUGGGCAGCCAAUUGAACCUUCAGAGAGAAUAUUAAUGACUUGCGAUGGAAGACGGAUUGGUUUAAAAAUAGAUAAAGCCUUGCCAUCUGAUGCAGGAGUUUAUGGCGCAAAAAUUGUUAAUCCUUUGGGAGAUGACUGUUCUCAAGGAAAAGCAACUGUUAGAAAAGUAUUCAUGGCUCCUUCAUUUACACAAAGAUUUACUGAUUUACAACAAUUGCCAAACAGAGACGCUAAACUUCCAUGCCGAGUAACUGGUGUACCACAACCCGAAGUAUUAUGGACAAAAGAUGGAGAACCUAUUAAGAAUUCAGAUAAAUAUACCAUUAAGAGAGAUGGAGAUCUCUGUUGUUUGUAUAUCAUGGACUGUCAAGAAAAUGAUGCUGGUAUCUAUAGAGCAACUGCUAUAAACAAAGAAGGCCAAGACGAUUGUACGGCAUCUCUUGAAGUUGUUAAAGAAAUCAAACAAGCUAAGAAAAUUGAACCACCAGUAUUCUUGAAACGCAUUGGAGACACAGAAUUAUUCAAAGCUAUGACAGCCAAGUUUACGGCCUGUGCAUCAGGAAUUCCAGAACCGAAUGUAGAAUGGUUUCACAAUGAUAAAAAAAUAUUCCCUUCGACAAGAAUUAAAAUGGAUAAAGAUACAGCCGGGUUACUUAGACUUACCAUCGCCGGAGUAGAUGAAGACGAUCUUGGAAAGUAUUCUUGCAAAAUAUCCAACGAACACGGAAGUGAUAUAUGUCAUGCAACUUUGAAAUUCGACGAAGGUCUUGAAACCAAACCCAAACGCCCAAUCACUGACCAGUAUACAGACUUCGAUAAAUACAAAAAAAGCGGCGCUCCUAUGCCAAUAUCUGAUCCACCGAUUAUCUCUCAGAUGACAGACAGACACUGCACAUUGUCCUGGAAACCAUCAAUUCCUUCUGGACCUAGAGAACCGGUUACUUAUCAACUCGAAAUGUGUGAAUUGCCUCACGGCGAUUGGUUUACAGUCAGGUCUGGUAUCAGAAGUUGUACGUGCGGGGUACGAAAUUUGGAGCCGUUCAGGGAUUACAAAUUCAGGGUUAGGGUUGAGAACAAAUAUGGAAUUAGCGAUCCUUCGCCGUACGCUAUAACUCACAGGGAAAAAUUAGAGCCUGACUUACCCAAAUUCCGGCCCUACCUUCCUCCUGAGAUCGAUUUCCGUCCAGAGACAUCUCCCUACUUCCCUAAAGAUUUCGAUAUCGAAAGACCACCACACGAUGGUAUGGCUCAAGCUCCAAGGUUCUUACGUCAAGAACACGAUACCCAAUAUGGAGUUAAAGAUCAGAACACUAAUUUAUUUUGGUUCGUCUAUGGGUAUCCAAAACCAAAGAUGACUUAUUACUUUAACGAUGAACUCAUAGAACCAGGCGGUAGAUUCGAUAUGAGCUACACUAGAAAUGGGCAGGCAACAUUGUUUAUUAAUAAAAUGCUGGAGAGAGAUGUGGGAUGGUACGAAGCAGUAGCUAGAAAUGAACAUGGAGAGGCAAGGCAAAGAGUUCGUUUGGAAAUCGCUGAAAUACCUUACUUUAUUAGAAGACCAGAGAUUGAUUAUUGUAUGCUUAGAGGUAAAGCAAAAUUCGAAGCCAGAAUUGUAGGCGUUCCAUAUCCAGAAAUCAAGUGGUAUAAAGACUGGAAACCAUUGGCACCAUCCACAAGAAUAAAGAUUGCAUUCAUCGAACCUGAUAUAACAGUAUUAACAAUUCAUGACCUUAUUUUGAAAGACGAAGGCUUGUAUUCAGUGAGUGCUCGUAAUGUUGCUGGAUCGACAUCGGCCAGCGCUAUGCUCUACGUCGAAGAAAACGAGCAAGAAUAUAAACUAAGAAACUAUUCGAAUUUGGCUCCGAUUAGACCUAAGAAACGUACUUACACUGAUUUCUACGAUAUCGGAGAUGAAUUGGGACGAGGAACGCAAGGAAUUACAUCGCACGCCGUUGAAAGACUUAACGGCCGUAACUAUGCUGCCAAAGUUAUGUAUGGUUCAGGUGACUUAAGACCAUGGAUGUACAAUGAAUUAGAUAUUAUGAAUGAACUUCGCCAUAAGAAGCUUAUUUCGCUUCAUGAUGCCUACGAGACCGAUGAUUCGUUGGCGCUAAUUCUUGAGCUCGCGUCCGGUGGUGAAUUAGUAAGAGAUUAUCUGUUAAAAACGGAUUACUACACAGAAAGUGACAUCGCCGGAUUCAUGAGACAGCUGCUUCAAGGCCUGGAUUAUAUGCACGAUCGAGGAUAUGCUCAUAUGGGCUUAAACUUGGGAGAUCUCCUAAUCUCACAUCCAGGUGGAGACGAUCUCAAAAUCACAGACUUCAGCCUCUCAAGAAGAAUUCAACACGGUAACUUCUACCCUCUAAAGUACGGUAUGCCGGAGUAUGUAAGUCCUGAAGUAAUCAAUGGAGAUGGCAUUGGUUACGGUCAAGAUAUGUGGAGUGUCGGUAUCAUCACAUACAUCCUGUUAUCUGGAAGAUCGCCUUUCAGAGGUGACAAUGACAGAGAAACUUUAACGAAUAUCAAAGCCGGCAAGUGGAUGUUCGAAGAAGAAUGGUGGUCGAAGAUCAGUGUAGAAGCCAGGGAUUUCAUCAGCAGGUUAUUGGUUUAUGAUACUGAAGGAAGAAUGGAUAUUAGAACUGCCUUGCGGCAUCCUUGGUUGGAGAGAGCUGAUAAGAGAUAUUCUGAUGACUUCCAAAUUAGAUCUACGUACCUUAACGAUUAUUGGAGACUAUACAGAGAAUGGUAUGACAACGCUUCAUGCAGGAGAUGGUUCAGACGCAGGCCUUUGGAAGGAGCCUUUACUCAUCCCUCAAAAAUGGUAUAUCCACCAGGAGAAUAUGAUACACCUAGAUCAACUCCGACCCCAUUGGAUAGAACACCCAGAACCAGACAACCAUGGGAAGAUCAAUUGCCAACAAGAUCUCCUCUUAAUUAUGAAAUCGGUGCUUUCAGAUCAGAAAGUCAUUAUCAAAAUGGACCAGACACAUAUCUUUUGCAAUUGAGGGACGUUGACUUCCCAGUUCGUCUACGUGAGUAUAUGAAAGUGGCAGCUAAUCGUGGACCCGGAGCAGGAUACAUCAUUUCAGAUGAAAAUGGUUAUGAUUGGGCAACUCCUAUCAUUCGAGAAAGACGUAGAUUUACCGACGUAAUGGAUGAAGAAAUCGAUGAUGAAAGAAAAGCUCGCAUAUAUAGAUACGGCUCCGCUGAAAGGGAACCCACAAGCAGAAGAAUUAAACACGAACUUGGAUCUCGAUUGGAUGCUUACGUGGAAGCUGAAGCUUUCCUGGAAUCUAAACAUGACGGACGUCUACCAUUCUUUAGAGAAAAACCCAAUUUUACAGCAAUGCAAGAAGGAAAAGAUUUAGAACUGACGUGCUUAGCUGUAGGUGAACCUCAACCAAUCGUACAGUGGUUUAAAAAUGACUCAAUCGUCGCAGAAUCUCACAGAAUCAAAAUCUUUACUGACGCAGACGGUAGAUCCCAUUUCAAAUUAAGUCCAGCACUUAACUUCGAUCAAGGUGCCUAUAAGGUUGUAGCCCGCAACAAGAUCGGUCAAACCAUCGCUAGAACAAGAAUAGUAUUGGGUCUUGUACCAGACGAACCAGAUAGCCCUGAAGCGCAACAAGUAUCAGAUACGGAAAUUUUGCUUAUUUGGAAGCAGCCCAAAUUUGAUGGAAAUGCUUCGGUAAUCUGCUACAGUUUGGAGUACAAGGGUGCCGAUGAAUUGGACUGGGUUAAGAAGGCUGAUAACAUUGACCAUGAAUUUUAUCUUAUUAGCGGUUUGGAAUCCAACAAGAGCUACAUAUUUAGAUUGGCAGCCAAGAAUUCGAUCGGCUGGAGUGAUGCUGGCGUACCUUCAGCAUCCAUUACUACAAAACCUGCUGGCUCACAAAAAAUAAAAUUAAGUAAAGCGAUGCAGCAUCUCCAACAAAUGACUGACAGUGGCAGGGAAGCAGAACAAGAAAGAAGGGUUCAUCUAGAUUAUAAAUUGGAAUCAACACCGGUCGAAUGGGAAGACUCAAAUGUUCAAGAACAUUACAAUUUUAUAUCCGAGAUUUCCAGGGGUAGAUUCUCUGUAGUUCUAAAAGGCGUCGAUAAGCGAAGCGACACAGUAGUAGUUGCCAAAAUUUUAGAUUAUAAUGAAAAAACCAGAGAAGAUGUUGACGGUGAAUUUGCAGCUCUUCGAUCUCUAAGACAUGAAAGAAUAGCAAGCCUUUUAUCAGCUUAUCGCACAAACGGUACGGCUGUACUUAUCUUGGAGAAACUUCAAGGUGCCGAUAUUCUUACAUAUCUGGCGAGUCGACAUGAGUAUUCAGAACAAACGGUUGCCACAAUUGUCUCACAGAUAUUGGAUGGAUUACAAUAUUUACAUUGGCGAGGCCUGUGUCAUUUGGAUUUACAACCUGAUAACGUUGUCAUGUGUGGAGUGAGAUCAGUCCAAAUUAAAUUAGUCGAUUUAGGAUCCGCUCAUAGAGUUACAAAAUUAGGAACGGAAGUUCCAAUUGUUGGACACCCAGAGUAUAUUUCACCUGAAGUUCUGGCCCAAGAACCUGCAUUCCCACAAUCCGACAUCUGGACCGUUGGAGUUCUAACUUAUGUAAUGCUAUCUGGAACUGUACCAUUCCGAGGAGACGAUGAAAACGAGAGCCGUCAAAAUAUUUUGUUUGUUCGUUAUAGGUUCGAGAAUUUGUUCCAAGAAGUUACGCAAGAAGCAACUAGAUUCCUUAUGCUACUGUUCAAACGUCAUCCCAAUAAACGACCAUCCCCUGAAGAAUGCCACGAAAACAGAUGGUUACUACCUUCGGAUUACAUGAUCAAAAAACGAGAGAGAGCCGUAUUCUUAGGUCACAGAAUUAAAGAAUAUUCAGAAGAGUACCACAGCCAUAGAGAACAAUCUUCGCAACAAUCUAAAGGCGUAUCGGGAAUAAAAUUAAUAAGAUCGCAAAGUAUACAAGAGGAAUUAUUGACUGCGCCUUAGCAACUACAUACAUGUUAAUGUAAAUAAUGUUUAUAUUUUACUGUUAUACUGUUUCUACUAUGCAAAAUAUAAUUUUUGAUCAUUUUCUUGUGAUUUUCGCUAAAUAUAUUUAAACUUUUCUGUUUAACUAAAAUAAAAACAAACAAAAAAACUGUUGAAUCAUGUUUUAUAUAAAAAACGGUAUCGGUUAUAUCAUUGUAUU